AAAUCAAUAAAAAUAUAUUUUUAAAAACAAUCCAUAUUUGUCCAGCUUCUACUUCAUGCCAAGAAAUGAGGUCAGGGGAGAAAGAGCCUGUCACUUUCAAGCCUCAUUUACUACUCACAACACAGUGAGAGCAGCCAUUUCCCCAUUUUACAGAUGAAGAAGCUGAUGCUCGAAGGCUUGUUUCUCAGGCCCCCAAAUAUCCUGAGACAUUGGUAGACAUGCAAGUUUUUGGUCCUACCCCAAACUUAGAAUUUCCCUGUGGUAAACCCAAGAACCUGCAUUUUUUUAACAAGGGUGGUCAUCAGUUGAUUCUCACGCUCACAAAAACCUACGACAGAGAAGUUUAAUAACCUGCCCCAAAGUUCAGCUUUUGAGCGGCAGAACUGUAGUUCAGACCUGAGCCUUCUGACGCUAAGUCCAGGGCUCUUUUCAGCACCUUUGAGAAGCUGGAUACCUGUCACCACCCUGUGUGUCUCAAUGUCCACCACGAAGGCGCACAAUAAAGUUUCCUGAGUGAACAAAUGAAUGAAUCAGGGGACCCUAGCUGCUUGCGGUGGGGCGGGCUGGCCGAGCCCCCGUCCUGAGGAGGGAGGGCUGAUGCAUGGAUGAGAUGCUGGACCUGCGGGCUCCGACCGUGUUGCUUUCAGAAAAGCCACUGGCAGAAGAUCCGGACCAUGGUGAACAUGCCCGUCAUCAGCCCUUUCAAGAAGCGCUACGCCUGGGUGCAGCUGGCCGGGCACACGGGGAGCUUCAAGGCGGCGGGCACCAGCGGGCUGAUCCUGAAGCGCAGCUCGGAGUCGGAGCGGUACUGCCUGGCGCGGCUGAUGGCCGACGCGCUGCGCGGCUGCGUGCCCGCCUUCCAUGGCGUGGUGGAGCGCGAUGGCGAGAGCUACCUGCAGUUGCAGGACCUGCUCGACGGCUUCGAUGGGCCCUGCGUGCUUGACUGCAAGAUGGGCAUCAGGACUUACCUGGAAGAGGAGCUGACCAAAGCCCGCGAACGACCCAAGCUGCGGAAGGACAUGUACAAGAAGAUGCUGGCCGUGGACCCCGAGGCGCCCACGGAGGAGGAGCACGCGCAGCGCGCGGUCACCAAGCCGCGCUACAUGCAAUGGCGGGAAGGCAUCAGCUCCAGCACCACGCUCGGCUUCCGCAUCGAGGGCAUCAAGAAAGCCGACGGAUCCUGCAGCACAGACUUCAAGACCACGCGGAGCCGGGAGCAGGUGAUCCGAGUCUUCCAGGAGUUUGUGCAAGGGGAUGCGGAAGUGCUGCGGAGGUAUUUGAACCGCCUGCUGCAGAUCCGGGACACCUUGGAGGUCUCUGAGUUCUUUAGGAGGCAUGAGGUGAUCGGCAGCUCCCUGCUUUUCGUACACGAUCACAGCCAUCGCGCGGGUGUGUGGCUCAUCGACUUCGGCAAGACCACGCCCCUCCCUGACGACCAGACCCUGGACCAUCGGAGGCCCUGGGAGGAGGGCAACCGCGAGGACGGCUAUUUGCUGGGGCUGGACAAUCUCAUUAGCAUCCUGGCCAGCCUGGCCGAGAGAUGAAGCUAGGGACUAGGCCCCUGUCCCCGCACAGACCCGCUGGUCUCACAAAUGGACCUGCAGCUUUGUCCCCGCUGUGCAUGCUGGGAAGAGACAAACCCAGAGGUUGGGUGGUUCAUAGGGUCCUGUAGGGCCAAGUGCCAACCACUGUGGGACGCACUGCACGCACCAAGGCUGUUCCCCAUACAAACCCAAGCGGUCCCAGAGCCGAUGACACUAAGUUAGGGGGUGGGGGGUACACUGUGACAAUGGACUUCUUCCUGAGUCCAGCUAUUCUGAGGGGGCUCUGUACUUCUCCAGAGAGGUGAGAUAACGAAUUUUAUUUCACAGGCACUAGAUCUAUUGAUCUAUCCUUCCCACACUACAAUGGACUCCCCUCCCCAAUAAAACUCAAAGACACCAGCUUUGGUGACUCAGACUUCA